AAGGUAAAACCUGAUUGAGUCCUGAGAAAAAAUUAAAGUAAGGAAGCGAGUGUGCGCGGUCGCCUUAACGUUCGAACUGGGCGCAAAAGACGAGCUCAAGUGUUGCCACUUCAUCGUUUGACGUCCAUUUGGGUUGUCAAAUCGGGUUUGUCUUGUGAUAAGGACCCGCGUGGGCGCUCCGAUUUUGGAUUGAGGGACCACGCUUGCGAUGCCUGCGAUUGUCGCGUUUACGACUGCCCUCCUGAUGUUGUUGGAAUGCGCGCUGUCCCAACAGCUGGCCGUCGUGCCUCUAGCGGCGCCCACCAACGUGACAGUGAAUUGCACGGACAGCCGGGCUAGCGUGCACUGGCAGUACGCCGAGGACGCCAAUGUCAGCUUCCGGGUCUAUGUGGGCGACUCCGAGCAGCACGAGCAGCACGAGACGACGCAUCACAGCUACGAAAAUCUAAGCGCUUGGGUGUGGAAGUCGUCGGAGAGCGCCAUGGACGUGCACUACGUCAGCGUGGCCGCCGUGGCGCACGGCAGUCCCUCGGACAAUAAAUCCGCCACCUUCACGUACAACAGCUUCAGGCUGGCCGAGGUUGAAUGCAAGUUGGCCUUUCCUGACGUGGACGUGAAGGCGGACGACAGGAGCGUCAUUGUCAGCUUCCGCAACCCGCUGCGCCACGACCCGCAACUGCGCCACGUCACAAGGGGGGCCACUUUGAGAUUCAAUGCUACGUAUGACUCUGGGGAGGUGGAGGCUGUCUGCGAACCAUACCAGAACGUUUGCCGGACAGACGUGACCUUCCCGCCGGGUUCCGCCGAGUGCGUCACAUUGAAGGGAUGGGUGAGCGACCCGGUGGCCGGCCGGCUGUACUUCGGGCAGUCUCGUCGCACUUGCGUGAAGCGCUCGUCGGGGCGUGCGACGCUGCUCAUCGUGCUGACCAGCGUCCUGGUGGUGGCGACGCUGAUCAUCUGCGUGGUGGCGGUGGUGGUGUGGAGCCCGCUGGCCAGGGCCCCCAAGGAACCUCUCCCCAAGUGUCUGGAAGUUGCCAAGCUCACUCUGCACGCUCGGGUGGGCUGCUGCGAGGCCGACGGCUGCGCCGGCCACCACAGGCUCAUCUCGGUGGGCGACUCCUCUUUAAGCGUUUCCACAGAGAUGGAAAGUCUUCCUCUGCACCUGGAGGAGGAAGUGCAGGAAGAGGAAGAAGAAGAACAGAAGGUGGAGGAUGACUAUGAGGAGGGGUGCUGGGGCUCGAAUUACGACUGUUCCCACGGGAACAUGGUGAACUUGGACAUGGGCGAUGGGGACCAGGCUGUGGGUUACAUGGAAAGGUGACAAAAGGAGGAGCCAGAGAACACUUUGAAAAAUGACUCAGGGACCUGCAAAGAGCGAAGAAAAAAACACAAGGUGGAUUUGAAAGCAUUCCUCUGCUUUUCUUAUCUGCUUUGCUUCCUUUUGCUAUUCUAUGUUUCUAUUUUAUAUCCCCUCCAUUUUUUUCUAUCACAACCUUUGAGCAGGUCAAUACUUGGUGGAAGAACACUGAAGAGGCCAACCACUUGGAUGGUGACAAUUCUGAGGCCUUUUGACAACUGGUUGGAUCCCAUUCCUGUGGCCAACAUGGCAGCUGUCCAGCUUGCUGUCACGCCGUGAAAUACAAACACUCCCACUCGUGGAAAAUUCCCAAAAUCGCGUAUGUGCGUCACGAUCCCGUCGGUGCGUUUGAUUUCUGAAUCACGGCCGCCUCACCCAUUGUGGAAUGCACACUGGCACCGACUCGGCAGCAUCACGCUGCGUUGCCGUGGCGACAGUCAAACGGGUGGAACCGGUCGCGCCGUGGACUAAGCUUCUCGUGGAUGGAAAGCUACUAUCGUGGAUAUUCCUUUUGUGCUUGUUUAAUUGACAUGGGUUUGAACAAUAAAGAGGCAAGCGAGCGGUCAA